UGUGGCAUGACUCAGGAAGUGGUGAUGAAACAACAAAAGGUACAAAAGCAGAACUGCGUCUGGCACAGUGCUGACAGUCAGACGGAUACACUGAAAAUUUGAAAGCAUGGCUGGCACAAGUGCCAACAUGACAAACUGUUCGUUUGACAUGGUGGACAAAACCAUGAGAUACAUGGAGCUGAUCAUCUACGUUCCUAUCUUCAGCGCUGGACUGUUUCUCAAUGGCACGGCGCUGUUGGUGUUCUGCUUCUUUCUGCGAAAGUGGACUGAGUCGACCAUCUACAUGACCAGCUUAGCUCUUAUGGAUAUGAUUCUCCUCCUCCCUCUCCCCUUCAAAAUGCACGCCACGAAUCACAAGUGGUCGGCCAACAAGCAGCAGCUGUGCUCGGUCUUGGAAGGCCUGUAUUUUGUGGCUAUCUAUGGCAGCAUCUACACCAUCAUGUGCAUAGCUGGGGAUAGGUGGGUGGCUAUAUGUCACCCGUUCAGAGCCAAGCAGAUACGUUCGGUCAAAGCGGCUCUGGGGACCUGCAUCGUGGUCUGGGUGCUGAUGAUCACGGUAGUUUUCUUCAUCAUGAACAGAGUCGGGCGGGACACCCAGCAAGACUUCCACUGCUUCCACGAGUUUUCAAAGGACGGCUGGAGACCUGGGGUGAUCAUCCCUCUGCAGGUGUUUGGCUUCUUGGUGCCUGCACUAAUGGUGAUUUUCUUUUCCGUUCACACCAUCUACGCGCUGCAAAAGUCUGGGAGGCACAGCCCACAGAGCAUGGCCUGCACGAAGAUCAUCUACAGCAGUCUGAGCGCCUUCCUGGUGCCUUUCACCCCGAGCCACUUUGCCAUCUUCCUGCAGUUCCUGGUGCACCAGGGUGUGAUUGAGAACUGCAGCGCCCUCACCAGCAUCAGCCUCUUCUUACAGGUCACUAUGUGCCUGUCCAACAUCACCUGCUGCCUGGACGCCCUGUGCUACUACUUCAUCGCCAAAGAAGUGAGGAACACCCGAAACAACAUCAGGAUGUCACUGACGAGGAGACCCACGUUCAGCACCUCAGAGGUGUGAUCUGCAGGAUGAAGGCAGCUCUAGUUAAGAUAUAACUUGUCCCCUGAGGCCCCGCGGUGGUGAAAACAAAAUGUGCCGUCUUCCUGUUUUAGCAGGACACUCAAAACGUAGAGCCAGAGCAGGCGAUGAUAAAGAGGGGGAAACAAACCAGGCCACAGUGCAAACUCAAUUAACCACCGAGCAGACUGCUAGUGUACCUGAUCUGGUCCAGCUGCAGGAAGCCUGUAGAUACCAGCUUAACCUCAGAGAGUUGACACCCAACAUGCAGGCUGCGAGAAAAUUCCACCGACAAGCCACAGUGUGACACGUUUUUAAAGUAACAUAAGGGAGAUUUAGCUCCAAGUGCUCGCAGGUCGUUCAGGCCUGUAAAUUUACACUGAGCAAGAAACUGACAAGGCGGUACGGUACCUUACGAGUCAUUCAUAAUCACAAAAAGGUCAAGAAUUAAAUUAGACGAUCAUUUACCGUCACACAAGCUCCUUACAUAAGUCCAAGAGUUAGUUGAGGCUAAUUAUAACUCUAACAUAGAACAAGACUCACAUUUACACAAAAAGUCAACUUGGAAUUAAUGAACAGAUGAAAACAAUUUGAGCAAGUAUAUAAUGUCACAACUUUCAUAUUGACUCAAAAAUAAAUUUCCAUGGUUCCUUAUGCGGUACACGGAUAAAACACGCGCACGGCGACCAGCUGCACGCCGAAGCUCACGGAUGCUGUCAAAGAAUUACUAAUUCAUAAUUCACAAUUUGUACCUUAACAACAGAUGCUUAGAAACCUUAAGUGAUGCGUUAAACAUUUUUUAUUUAUUCAUUCUGAGGUAUUGACGUAUCUUUUGCCUGCCCGUUGCGCUGACUUUCUCGUAACAGAAGUAACUCUAUCACUGAUUAAUAAGUAACUGUAAAUACUGAGUUAUACAUGAGCCAACCCAUCUGGGUAUUCUGACAGGUUAUUUAGUUUUUUUUAUUUUUAUAUGCAUACAUAUAUAUAUAGUUUUCUUGUUUAGCUUUUGAAUAUUUUCUUCUUAUUUUUCACUCCGAGGUGAACAUGAAGGAGGAUUAUACUUUAAAUUUUUCCAAUACUUUUCCUGUGAUGUCCGCUAACAGUCCUACCGAUCCAAUGGACUGAUCAAAUGAUUUUGUUCGUUUCUUUUAUUCCAGUGUACAUAAGUGACAUGUUGUCGGCCCUGAUAUAUGUGAAUGUGAAUUUUCACUUUAAGCCUUAAAUGUGCAAUAACGGUAUUAAAAACAGAAUUAAGCUGUUAAUGGAGGCCGGCCGGGGGCUCGUGUGCCACGGGGGCAGUUCUGAUAUCAGUAUAUUCACAGGAGACAUUAGAUUGGUGUGAAUACAGUCACACAUAAACCCAGAAUGGAAAGUUAAGUAGGCUGCCAACGGCCUCAUAUUACUCAUGUGGAACGGUUAUUCGUGGUAAGAGGAGAGGGAGUCUGUCAGGCCGUCGCUCCAUUGUGGGAUAUACUGCACAUUUGUGUUGUUUUUUAUUAUUUUAUCGAUUCACUGAAAAGCUAUUUUCUAAAAUCCAGGAUCAAGAUGUGAAACUGUCAUUUCCUGAUUUUCUUGCAUUACUUGUGUCUCAGAGCUUUCCUUCUGCAUUAAUUACUCUCCUCUUUUGGUUUUAGUUUUUGGUGUGCUCAGUCCUGUUUUUGUUUUUUUUUUGUUGUUGUUUGUUUGUUUUUUUGCAUUACUUCCGUUUCUGUAGAAGUAUUCCAUGUUUUAAAUUAAAUGUAUGAAGCCGCA